UGAUCUAUGGCACCUUGUGUUGAUGGGGAAGUGUGUGCCAAACUGUGCAGAACGCCAGUAUUGCCAUCGACACGUACAGUUUCUUAAGGAGGCGUGUGGGAAAUUUGUCUUGUUGCAGCAGGAGACAGGAAACUGUGCUGCUUACCCAGAUAGGCAGGGUAACGGAAGUCAUUCUAUCGGCGUUAUGUGAUUGGUUAUAAUGGGAAAUAGGACCAACCGUCAAGGCUAACGUUUUAUGUGAGAUUCUGCCUUUAAUUCAUGAACUGUAGCUUCAUGUGAUGGGGGAUGUGGAGGGGGAUGAGUUGGAGGCUGUGCGGAGCAUCCUGGUGGAGGUGCAGCUUGGUCAGUUCUUCACUCGUGUUAGGGAUGAUCUUCAGGUGACGCGACUCAGCCACUUUGAAUAUGUCCAGCUGGAGGACCUUGAGCGCAUUGGCCUUGGCAAGCCUGCUGCCCGUCGCUUACUGGAGGCAGUCAAGAAGCGACGCACUGCAGCAUGGAUGAAGAGCUUGGUGUCCCGGAUCCUUCCCUCCACCACGGGCUCUUCCAGUCAGGGAAAAACCAAGGCAUCUGCUGCAUCAGAUGACUCACACACACUAGGCCUCACCUGCCUCAUUCCUGAACAGGAACUUACUUUGGGCCAGAAGAUUGGAGAUGGCAGCUUCGGGGUUGUUAAGAAGGCUCAGUGGACAGGUUCAGGAGGCCAAAUGAAGGAGGUUGCGGUGAAGAUACUGAAGCAAGAUGUCCUCCAUGUGCCAGGGACACUAGACGACUUCAUCAAGGAGGUGCAGGCCAUGCAUCAGCUGUCCCACUCCAACCUUAUCCUACUGUUUGGUAUUGUCCUUUCCAACCCUCUGAUGAUGGUGACAGAGCUGGCACCUCUUGGCUCACUCCUCGACUACCUCCGCAAACAGCUUUGCCACGUCUCAGUCUUGACUCUGUGUAACUACUCUGUACAAAUAGCCAAUGGGAUGAAGUAUCUGGAGAGCCGGCGCUUUAUACACCGUGACCUGGCUGCUCGGAACGUUCUCAUGGCCUCAGUGGAUAAGCUGAAGAUUGGUGACUUUGGCUUGAUGCGAGCACUGCCCCAGCAGGAGGAUUGUUAUGUCAUGAGUGAGCAGAAGAAGGUCCCGUUCCCAUGGUGCGCUCCUGAGUCCCUUAAGAGCAAGCAUUUCUCACAUGCCUCAGAUGUAUGGAUGUAUGGGGUGACACUGUGGGAGAUGUUUUCCUUUGGUGAGGACCCAUGGGCAGGGCUCAAUGGACAGCAGAUACUGAGGAAGAUUGACCAGGAAGGGGAGCGCCUCACCUGCCCUGCUGCCUGCCCUGCUGACAUCUAUACCUUGCUUCUGGAGUGCUGGGCGCAGGACCCGUCAUCAAGACCAACCUUUGGCCAGGUGUACCAGCGGGUGUCUGCCAUCAUGCCAGACACACUGAAGGUGGUGCAGGUGUGGGAGGAGGAGGGUGGCCUGGGUGUGCAGGUCAAUGAUGUUGUUGCUGUUAUUGAUGGAAGAGCGGAGGACUACUGGUGGAAGGGCCAGAACCAAAGGACCUUCUGUAUUGGCAAGUUUCCACGCUGCAUAACAAAUCCACGGAGACCACUUGCCAACCAGGACAUCAGCAAGCCUCUGGACCAUUCCUUCAUUCACACAGGUCAUGGAGGCAUUCGUGGCAAGACAUGGGGGAGUCCAGCCUUCAUUGACCCCAUGUACCUUGGCAACCCCAUGCAGCCCCAGGACAAGAUGGGCUCUUUUGCUUCACGCAGAGACAAGCCUCAGUCCCUGCGGCUCAGACAUGGACAACAGCGACAGUUCAACUAUGGCCGAUUGGUCAAUGAAAAGGGCCCUGAAGAUUCACCUCGUGCACAAACCCUGAAGAACCCCAAGAAGGCCUCUAAGGGCAGAGAUGAGAUCCUGAUUGACCUCUCAGAGAGUGGUCACCAGAGGUCCCACUCCUUCACAGACCUUCGGCCAGGUGGUAUAGGGGAAGUUAAUGGACAGCUGAGAGGAAGCCUGUCUUCCCUGUAUGACCCAGUGUCCUCAGCCUUCCCAGAGUACUGCAACAUUGACCCAAGAGGAGAAGGUAACCAGUGCCUCUAUAUGAACCUGACCAACAGCUCCCCAGCCAUUGCAGCAAACCCCGACACGUCAUCUCACUGGUCUCCUAGCCGUCACAGGAAGCAAGGUGGCCCUCUCCCAAACCAGGUGUAUAACCAACUUCAGGAGGCCAGAAAUCAGGUGUUUCAUGAGCACAGUGAGCUCCCACAGCCUGACUUCUCUGUUUCUGCUGGUGGGGAUGUGGAUGAGUUCAGCAAUAACUCUGACUUCUCUGAUGAUUGGGAUGAUGAACAGAAUGACUCUCGAGGGAAUUAUGCACUAGAAAACAUCCAUGAAGUAAGCUCACAGUACCAAAAUACAGAACCAGUUGGCAGUGGUGGUGUUAGUGGUAUGAAGGAGAGUGCCAAGAAGCAGGAUUAUUAUACUAAUGUUGGUGAGGACCCUUUGACACAUCUCAUGUCAGGUGUUAUGACGAACCUCCUCCCACACUCUGGGUCCACCAGUUUUACUCGUGCAGUAUCAGAGGAUAAGACCAGGCUUCCAGUAAAUGUUUCAAGUAACUACCAGACAAAUAGACCAGCACCCAGCCCAAAUGUGCCAUCUGGAGGGGCAUCCUACUUGACCUCAGGAAGGACAGAACCCAGUCACUCGUUAGGGACAAGUGCCUCCACCACUUCCUUGGCCAGCAAGUCGGUGAGCUCUUCACGUUGUAGCUCAAAGCCAUCCAAAACCCUUAACUGCUCCACAGACCUGCAGUGGCAAGGCACUCCAGAAAGCAGAAAUGAAGAUAGUCUCCUCUCCUCCUCCUCCUCCUCUUUCUCCUCUUCAAUGUCAUCAUCUUUAGUGUUGUCCUCAUCCAACUGGAGCAACAGGCAGUCUGUUGGAAAUGUUCCAAACAGGUAUCCAGAAGUUGCCUUGCCUAGUGUAGCAAGAGAGGGUGCCCAGGUGACUCUCCACAUGUCAGGCAGUGCUUUGUCUCCCCAGCUAGCUCUGCCAUCACCACUCACACCUACUGUAGCAUCCAGUCUUCCCAAACUCGAUCCAUCCUUCAUAGCUGAGUUGGAAAAGACACUAGGGAAAGAUCAAGCCUCAGCUAACACAUUCAUGGACAGGAACAUGAAGGUCAACAAUGUACAGAGUAUAUCAUCCUUGCCUGGUACAGUUCCUGCCCUUCCACCACCUCAGCAGCCAAGCACAAGCAGACAGUCUAGCUCAAGACAAAACUUCAGCACUGCAAUGCAGCAGCAAACACCUACUAGUUCUACUACUGCUACUACUACCAUCGCCGCCGCCACCACCACCACCACCACCACCACCACCACCACCACCACCACCACCACCACCACCACCACCAUAACCAACAGUGCCUUCUCAGACUUGGACGUCCUCAGCUCCUCUCGCACUCUUGGUCUCGCCUCCAGCCACAACAUUGACACCAGUCAGUAUUUCCGCAAAAAUCCUACUACUCAGUCUCUCCAGCCAUCAAGAAGCUCAGGUAUGAUGGUACAGUCUUCUCAGCUUGCAGCACAUCAAGGAGGCUUUGCACCUCAUAGGCUGUCUGGGAUGCUGUGGGGCACUGUAGAGGGUAGCAAGCCAACACCAGCCAUCUCCAACAUGAGUAAUGUAGCUGGAGGGAUGCAGAUGAGUUAUGAGUGGCAGCAGAAGCAACAGUAUCUUCACCAUCAACAGCAGUACCUUCACAAUCAGCAACAGCAGCAGCAGCAGCAGUACCUCCAUAAUCAACAGCAACAGCAACAAUUUUAUCUCCAGAGUCACCAACAGCAACAUCACCAGUACCUGCAAAAUCACCACCACCAACAGCAGCACCAAUACCAACAACAACAACAACAACAACAACAACAACAACAGAUGGCACAGUUUAAUCAACAGACAGCAGCCUCUUCUUGUCCUUCCAUCAAUUUUCCACCACUGUCCAGAAUACCUCAUUCAUCUCAGCCCACUCAGGAGUCAUCCCCAUCCCAAGGCACCAUAUUACAGCCAACUCUUGUCCUCAACCCUCAAGUCACCGUCAACUACAACCAGGUGGUGUGUGGUGGUGGUGGUAGUGGUGAGAGCAAGGGGGCCAAGGGUGAGGCGCUAGUGUACCGCAUCACUGCCGUGGUGCCGGGAACCUCGGAGGCCGCAGCACGGCAGGCCCUGCAUGUGGCCUGUGGGGAUUACCUGGGGGCUGUUCAGUACCUCAAGGUGGAAAAACUGUACAGGUUAGGAGUUGUCAAUAAAGACAAAUGUAAGGAAGUGUUAGAAGCCAACAGCUGGGAACUGGAACGCUCAGCCUCGGCCCUGCUUGACCUGUAUCCUGAUGUUGAGUCUCCAAAGGUUUAACCACUCCCAAGGAGGACAUUCCCUUCUCUCCUGCUGUAGUAUGUAUUAUGCUAGAAAAUACUAACAUGUUUGUAUCAAGAAACAUGUCCAGGCUGUGAUAUCCAUAGGAACAAAGGUGUUAGUGUUUUGAAUUGCAGUUGGUUUCUUAAUUUUUUUUUCACAGCCAUCCCAUCUGACAAAAAGUGAGUGUGCUGGGUUAGGGGUGGGUUUGGAGUUACUCUCCUUAUGGCUUGAGUCUGUGCUGGAUUAGCAGUGGGUUCAGAGUUACCCUUAAGGCUCUUGUAGUGAGCAAAUAGAGUUGGCUAUAGCCAGACUUGUACCUUUUUUCUCUGUGAAUAAUAGACUAUUGCGAUGCUUAUUAAGAUGAAACUAUUUUCAUACAGAAGCAGUAGUUUGCUGUGCAAGUUUUGUCAUGAGGAUAUGUAUGUACUUGUUUCUAUUAUCUGAGUCCCAAUUUUAUCAUACUGUUUUUACCUGUUAUUUCUAUGGAAGAUGUUAUCAGUAUUUAGUGUAGAGCUGUAUGUGCAUUGAGCAUAAUGAUUCCAAGCAUUGGUAAAGAUUACACAUGAUAUGCCCUUUGGUGGCAUCAUUCAUAUUUUGCAGUGGUAAAAGAAGGUGGUUGUCUCCAAAUUUUAUCCCAAUAAGCAGGAAUGUUGUAUGAUUCACUCACAAAAGAUGCUUUAAUACGUUGAUAUCAAAUGUGUGUGUGUGUGUGUGUGUGUGUGUGUGUGUGUGUGUGUGUGUGUGUGUGUGUGUGUGUGUGUGUGUGUAGUGUUCUAAAGAUCUGGACUGUGUGUAUGAGAUGCUUUGGGUGCUGCAGACCCUCUUGGCAAUGAUAUUACAAGACACAAAGAAGGGUGUGAUAAAUUUAGUAUAUAUGAUACAUGGAAAUGCUAAUAGUUAAGUUAUGGUUUAUGAAGUAUAGCACAAGUUAUCUUUGAAUUACCAUAAGUAAGUAGUGUUAUAAAAGUAUAAUAAAUGAAAGUUUAUUGGCCACAAGUUAGUGAUAGAAACUGACACAGAUUUAACAUAGACCUAUAUACGUUCUUUUGAUUUCAAUUAGUAAUUAGAUGUAUUCAUGGUGAAGUGGUACAUGAGCUAAUUGAGGUGAAUUUGCUGGUAUAGACUCGUAUGGACUGAGCAGCAAGGUUAGGGUUACUUAAGUGUUGAGUUUUUAUUGAACCUAACCACAUCAUAUCUAAUUGUAAAAAGCUAUAGAACUUCAUAAUGUUUGUUCUUAGUUGUAAUAAUAUGAUGACUGUGUGAGUUGCAGUAUAUAUAAUCUAAAUGACCAUGUAAAUUCACUGACAUCAGCUGCAAUGUACUUUAAUAGAUACAAUUUGAACUCAAUUAUUAGAACUGAAUUUAAUUAAAAUUGUAUAUAUCAAAGUAAAUUGGAGCUGAUGUCAGUGAAUUUAUAUGAUUAUUUACAUUAUAUAUACUGCAAUACACACAGUCAUUAUAUUACAACUAAGAACAAACAUUGUUAUGAAGUUCUAUAGCUUUUUACAAUUAGAUUUGAUGUAUUUAGCAUGUCAUAUGAAAGUUGCUUUCUUUAUAUAUCAUGUACUUUUAAUGAUAUAUUCAAGAGCAUUUUUUCUGUUCCUUUCAAUUUUAUAUUAGGAAAAAUUUAGGCUACUCAAAAGAAUAUCAGUUGUAAUGAAUUUUAAUUAAAUUCAGAUUGAAAAGCUCAUGAAUUUAAUUAAAGUGGAGUUGAACAUUUAUAAUUUUCUUAAGUAAAUGAGGAUUGAUUAAUUAUGUUAUGAUGUUGAUUUCAAAUUUAAUUGCAUUUAUGAAAACCAGUUGACCCCAACCCCACUUAGCAGUUGUUGUAGUAAGAGAGCUGCGGGUUAGACUGAAUUUAGUAUUACUGCAGGGCAUAGUGGCAGAUGUCCCCAACUUUAAUUCCUUCUGUCAUUCCGUGAUGCCUCACUUCCUUCAUGGGUGUUCCUUUAGGGUGUGGCCUUGGCAGAAGAGUCUUCACCUUUCCCUAUCCAAAACAUUCCUUCCUUGCUUUUAGUUGACUAUCACUUGAAACAAGGCUUGUCAAUUUUCCACACUUGGAUAUAGAAGGUAUUAGCAGUAUGAUUUGACGGUAAUUGAGUUGUGUAUCAAGUGUGUACUUAAAAUUGAUGCAAUAUUAAAAUUUGUUGCAAUGUGAUCGAAAAAACAAUUCAAAUUAAUGGAUUAGUCUAUUUGUUUAUUGGUGUUUCAGUUCACGUGAAUGCAUAAUUGUUAGUUGGAGCUGUUUUAGAAUCUUGACAGAAAGUGUAUGCUUAUUCAUAUUUUACUAAUCCUUUAAAUUGUUCAGUUCAUACAUUACAUUAGAGAAUCAGCAAGUCAGACACAGGGGAGGCAAGCAUGUCCUACUCCCCCCCCCCCCAAUCUCUCUCUCUCUCUCUCUCUCUCUCUCUCUCUCUCUCUCUCUCUCUCUCUCUCUCUCUCUCUCUCUCUCUCUCUCUCUCUCUCUCUCUCUCUCUCUCUCUCUCUCUCUCUCUCUCUCUCUCUCUCAUUUUUUAUCCAGUAUUCAUGAUCUUAUGUUAGCAUAAAUUUAGUGGUUCCUUGUAAGUAACUUAGUUGCCUCUAGUUCUGCUUAAUGUAAAAUAGCUUUCCUGGUCAAGGUUAUUGUUACAGUUUAAUAUAUCAAAACAAAGUAGGAAAUCUAGAUGGAAGUAUACCUCUCCUUGUCUCCUCCCAGCAGACUUUCAUUAUAUCCAAUUAUUUGAACACUUUUGUCUCUUUUUCUGCAUAAUAUUUUUUUAAGAUUGGUGUGUAUGGUUGUUGGUGUGUCAUAGGUAAGGUCCAGCUCAGUGGUUGUCUGGUACAUAAUGAUAUAAAGGGCCAAGGAAUUUAAGAAGUAACAGUAUUCAAUGGUGCCUCACAUUCUUGUGCAAGCCAAGAGGCUAUUGCAAGAUAACUGCUUUUCGCCUGUAGCAUUUUGUCAAAUAUUGUAUCACAUCAAUGAAUGGGGCAAUUGUACCUAAGGUGUGAGGUACUAUACAUCAAAUAGAUCAAAUAUGUCAGCCUAUCAUCUGAUGAUGUAUAUACUGAAAAGGCAAGUUGUUGAGUUUCCAAGGUUUACACGGAAACUUUUACAAUAAGAUACUUGGAUGAAUUAUAUUUAUGUGUGGAGGAAAUGAAACUUAUUUAAAAAAAAAAAAAAAAAAACUAGGAUGUCUGGUCAAGAAUAGAAUCACAUUGUGGUGUAGUCAAGAGGUAUUUGACAGGAAUGACAAGGCAUAACCUUAUUCACAGUUCCAAUAAAUAGGUUGUGAAGUCUCACAGGUGUGACUAGAAAUUUGGCGUGUUCAUUUAGGCAGCUGGCUACUUUCUUUAUUUAUUUAUUUCUGUUUUUUUCUUUUUGAUUGAUUGUUACAUUAUACAAAGUGUAGGAUGUUGAACUAUGGCCCUGAAGAUUACCUAUUUCAGUCUAAGUUUUAUUAUACCAGUGAGGAUGAAACGUGCUUACUUAAGGAGGCCAGAUGAAUCAAGAUUCAUUAUCAGCAAAAAUUAAAAUGAAUGAUGUGCAGCAUUGUAGGAUCAUCAGUCUUCCCACUUCCUGAAAGCUUUCUUGCCAAAGUGAAGUUCUCUUAAUGAGUAUCUCUGUGCCAGAUCAACAGUUCCAUUCAGACUUUGUCAUGACAGAAAUAUAAUUAUCUAGACUAGAGGUCCAACCAUGUGAGUUUCAAGUUUUUUUUAUCUUAAAAUAACCCAUGACAAGUUUGUUUGGUAAUGAUUUUACUCAAACAUAUUUGAGUGGCUAAAACCUAAAUCAUUGGGAUGAUUCUGUUGAUUAGCAUGAAAUCAAAUUCAAGAAGAUUAGCAGCUAUGCAAGUCUGUUUCAGGGCUAAGAAUUGUAUUCCACUGCCAGAUACAGGCACAUCAGAUACAAUUAAGACUGGAGAAACAGUGUGGGAGCAUCUUGUUAUGUGAUGUUACCAGAAAAGAAAAGGUGAUAUGUUAGACUAAUACUUAAUAGGUGUUUAUUUGUAUAUUCAUAUUUCUAGCAGAGUUCUGUGUAUAUUUUCUUAUUUGACUUUGUCUUUAACUUUUAUCACUAUUAUUCCAUGGCGUUAUAAGGUCAUAAAAUAUGCAUUUUUAUUCUGUAUGUCUACUUCUUACCUUCCCUCAUGCAGCAAGGCAUAAAUACUGAAUUUGUAGGGAUUUUUGCAAGUGUGCAGUGCACCAGUCAUUCUUAUGAUCAACAUUUAUUUGAAUCUUUUGGGAAUGGCUUUAUGAAUGGGCUUCAUUGGCUUAAAAAAACUAUUUCUUAUUUAGAUUACUAUUAUUAUUUCUAAUCAAUUUUCCAUUUUGCUGCCAUUGAAUGAUCUCCCAGAUACAUUAAAAAAAAAAAAAAGUAGUCCCACUGUCCACCAUCCUAGGUAUCACAUCUUAGACUCUUAACAGUGUUUCAUAUCAAUGUAGAAUGACAUAAGAUAACAGCUAUGUAAGGUAACCAGAGAUGACCCAAAGACUGUUAUCAGCUAGGCCAGUUUCACUUCAUAUCAGUCAUUCAUAUGUGUUAGUAUGGAACUGUGAAUGGCUAUUGCAUUGCUUUCAUCUUUCCACUGUAAUUUGUUUAGGAUGUGUGUCUGGUCUGAAGAGAAUCUCAUUGAAAUUUAUUGAUAUUAAACAUAUUUAUGUAAUUAGUUAUAAUUCUCUACUUACCAAAUAUGUAUGCAGUCUUGCUGAGGGACAUAUAAGUUUAAAAGUUCAUGUAUUUAUAUUUGUUGAUUUAAGAGUUAUUUAGUUCAAUAAUUUAUCAGUCAAUAGUGAUGGAAAAGAUUUUUCUUGCAAUUUGAUGUUUGCACAAAAGUCUGCUUGGUUUCUUUAUGCACAAUUCUUAUCACACCAGUGUUACCAGCAGUGUUGGUUUUCCUGUUCAGCUUGCCAUUGUCAGUGCCUUGGUGUGCAUCCUGGCUGUAGUGGUGUACCCAAGCACACAGGAUAAGGUGGUGGUCACACAGUUCCUUGUAAACAUUGCCUUCCAGCUAAUAGCAGUGAUGAUGUACAGAAUGAAUGUGUCAAUUCUUACCUUUGUUACUGAGAAGCAGUGUGGGGUGGGGAGAAGAUACACUGUAGAUGAAUGUAAUGAGAGACUUGUGAUAAUACCUAUUUCUUAGAAAAGUUAUAAAACUAUAUAUUCACUUGCUUUCUUUAUCCUUUGCAUAUAUCAUUCCUCUCAUUUUGUCACAUCUCAACCUCUUACUUGAUAUCUCAUAAAAAAAUAGCUAAAAAAUAGAUUAAAUGUUCCUAUUUUUAAAAGGAGCAUUUACUUGCACUGUUACUUGGAGCUUCAUGACGACCACCACAGCUUACCAAUCAAAGUGGAACAUUGAAACACUAAGCUGUUGGUUUUAGUGAUAUAUAUAAAAGCUACCAAUGCAAUAUUAGAUGAUGGGAUUUUACUAGAUUUAAUAGCAUCACUACCCUUGGCUUAGUUUGAAAGAUUUUCAGGCUUUUAUUUAGAAAAGCAAGUACGUAAGUUUACUCAUAUGUACUAAAAUAUGUUAUGUUAUUUCAUUCCUCCCCUGUCAUUCUACUUUCAUCUUUAACCUUCAUCCCAUCCUUUUUCUUGUCAUUACUCAUCUUCCGUAUUCCUUUCACAAGUGACAAGAAUGCCUUAGUGAUGCAUCAGUGCAACUCUCAUUCUGGUAAUGGUGACACGCAUUCAUAUUUACUGCGUGAUACAUCUUUCAGGGAAACAAAUAGUAGACUUUUAAUGGAUGCUUUUCUAGUAUUAACAGUACAAUGAACAAAUGUUGCAUAGAGAUUUAGAUAUGCCUUUAGAAGAUUUUUGGUAGUGUGAUUCAAGGUACCUGUGCAAGUUGUCCAGCAUCAGUUUGGUUCCAGUUGUGACGUCUCAAUCUGUUCUGAUGGUUUGAUUUGUACCCAGACCAAUGAUCAUGUUUGCAUACCUGAAGGAAUGAAUGUCAGUUUCUUUCCCACCACACAAUGUUAUUGACUUUAACUCUCAGUAGAUAUGUGGCUUGAAACAUGCUUAGUUAAGGCUUUUGGAAUCUGAUGGUGAGGGAAACUUUAGGGCUUGUAAAUGUUGAGAAAAUUAUACAAGUUUAACUCUUAAAAAUCAUGACCUUACUGUGAUCUGUUUGGCUGUCAGCUUUUUUUGUCUUUUAAUAUUUAUUAUCAAUGUAUUUGUCUUCCUGCCAUUGGUUUAGUUCAUCAAGGAAUUCCUUGGUUUGGGAAUGCCAUGGCACAGUAUAGGCACACUAUAAUGGUUUUGUUAUAUAUAUAUUCCUUGAAGGGAUGAAACCAAAUGCUAUAUGUACUUAAUUCUGUUCAUUUGAAAGGUUAUAUGAAGUUGUUUUUUCUUUCUGGUACAACUUUAUGGGUUUAGUGUGUAAGGAAGGUUCCAGAACCAACUCCUUCAGUCAUAUUUAUUUACCGUCACAUGACUUCCACUAUUUAGGACAUUGAUGGCAGUGAAGCAAGUGAUAAGUUAUUCCAUGAUAUUACUCAUGUCCACCUAAAAAUUUAGUUUAACAAUAGUUGAGUUUUACAGUUUUCAGUACAGAAAUACAAUGUAGGAGUGCAUGUUUUCUUGAGGAUAAAGUAGAUUAUGUUCAACUUUACAGAAAUUCAGUGGUACAACAUGUUUACCUACUCUAGAUGGUAAUCAGAUCUGUUCACCUUAUAGUUGUGGAGACCCUAUAUAUUUUGUAACCAACGAUUAAUGUUGCUUUAGUAACACUAAUUUUAAGCUUAAGAACUCAAUAUUGUGAGCUUUUGUUAUCCAAUCAUUUGUUCUUUAGUAUGAUUUCAGUAACUUUAAGUAUGGUUGUUCCCUUCUAAGGGCUUUCAACACAAUUUUAAGUCAUUGUUGCAUAUUGUUUUUUUGCAUGAAUGAAAUUGUGCAAUCCUUAUUUGGAUGUGCAAACUGUUGUAUUGUAUGUUAGUAUAUUUAUAUUGUAGUUCUUUGUUCAAAGCUGGAAAUAUGAAGGAUACCACAAAA